UUGGUCAUUUCCUUUCUUCAACACACACACACAUUCUCACACCACAUUUAACAAGGAACUAUCACUUGUUUCCCCUUUUCUGGAAACAAACACCAUUCACCCUUUUACCCUGCAGUCUAGGAAUCUUCAUUCCAUUCCAUUUCCACCAAUUACUAGGAUUCCUUCAUUCAUUCAUUCCAUCUCAAAAACAAAAACAAAAACAAAAACUCCAUUCCAUAUUUAACAACUUCAACACACAACAACCUCAACUAAACUAAAACUAAAACUAAAACUAAACUAAAACACUCAGUUUAUUAGUUUAGUUCCCUUGAAUUCUGAUCCUCAACAUACAUACACAUGUCACUGCACAUCACUGCACAUCUCACGUUUCCAUAUUUAAUCUCUUUCUCUGCAUCAUUAUCUACCUAUUAAUAUUUGUCCUUUUUUGUUUUCUAAUAUAUUAAAAAACAAAACCCUAGUACUUCCCCUUAACUUCAUAUUCAGAUCCAAACCUACAAGUCUUUUUAAAUAAUUAAAAAGAAAAAUAACAACAAAAAUAGAAAGAUCUUGUUCUUGUUCUUGUUCUCUCCAUGGAUUUGGUUUCAACAACAAACACAAGCUUAGAGAGUCCAACAAGUGGAUCUUCAAUAACAAACAAUGGAAGUGCAAGUGGAAGUGGAAGUGGAAGUGGAAGUGGGAGUGGUAGUGGAAGUUUAACACCAUCUUCAAGCCGUUAUGAAAACCAAAAGAGAAGAGAUUGGAACACAUUUUGUCAGUAUUUAAGAAACCAUCGUCCACCACUAUCAUUAGCACUAUGUAGUGGUUCUCAUGUUCUUGAGUUUCUUAACUACUUAGAUCAAUUUGGGAAAACUAAAGUUCAUAACCAUCCUUGUCCUUUUUUUGGUAUUCCUAAUCCACCUGCUCCUUGUCCUUGUCCUCUUAGACAAGCUUGGGGUAGUCUCGACGCUCUCAUCGGUCGUCUUCGUGCUGCUUACGAAGAGAACGGUGGGAGGCCUGAGACUAACCCUUUUGGUUCUCGUUGUGUUAGGAUUUAUUUAAGAGAUGUUCGUGAUUAUCAAGCUAAAGCUAGAGGUGUUAGCUAUGAAAAGAAAAGAAAGAGGCCUAAGCCUAAGGUAACUGCACCCACUACUGAUGGUUAACAGGUUUUCUGUGUCUAAGAGGUAUUCUAUGCUGAUAAUCAAGAUUAUUGUUGAGAUGGGUUUGGAAUCAAUUUUCUCGAGUACUUAUUGAGUUAAGGUGAAGUAGAUCCAUGGUGGAAAUUGUUGAGCUAGCUGAAGUAUGUACCUAGUAGUACUAGCUACGGACAAUUAUGCUUUCAGAUUCAUGUAAUGAAUAACUACUACUACCACUACCAGUAGAAGAAGAAAAUGUUAUGAUUUAAUUCUGGUACAAUUUACUGAAUCAAUCUUUGUACGAACAUCUAAUGUAUUUGUGAAGCAUGCACUUUUAUUUUAUUCUCAUCUAGGAGAUUAUAAUAUGUUGAAGUUGAAAAUUAUUAAACUUUUCGUGGGAUUAUGAUCAUUAAUACAAUUGGGUGUGGUUGGUCAAGA